GUUGAACGUGGGCAUUAGAAUGAUGCGUUACUAGUGGGCCAUUUUUGGUAAGCAGAACUGGCGAUGCGGGAUGAACCGAACGCGAGGUUAAGGUGCCGGAAUGCACGCUCAUCAGACACCACAAAAGGUGUUAGUUCAUCUAGACAGCCGACGGUGGCCAUGGAAGUCGGAAUCCGCUAAGGAGUGUGUAACAACUCACGGGCCGAAUGAACUAGCCCUGAAAAUGGAUGGCGCUCAAGCGUGCUACCCAUACCUCGCCGUCGGGGUAGAAACGAUGCCCCGACGAGUAGGCAGGCGUGGGGGUCCGUGACGAAGCCUUGGGAGUGAUCCCGGGUCGAACGGCCCUAGUGCAGAUCUUGGUGGUAGUAGCAAAUACUCAAAUGAGAACUUUGAGGACUGAAGUGGGGAAAGGUUCCAUGUGAACAGCAGUUGGACAUGGGUUAGUCG